AUGGCUCCUCCAGUGCCGGUUUACAAUAGACAAGAAGUGAGGUCUAAGUAUAAAGAACAAUUGAAUGAUCCUGAAAAAUAUCAAUGUGAAUUGAAAUCCCUUAUACAAAAUGAAUGUACAUUUAAGACAUUUCCAGAUGAUAGAUCAAAACCUCCAGAGAUAAUAUGUUUACCAUUCAAAAGGCUAUUUCAACGUUGUCUUAUUCCAACUUUAAUCAAGGAAAAUGGUAAAAAGGUGACAGUUCAAAGAUGGCUCAAUAUAGAAAUUACGGAUAAUGCCACAAAUAAAUUAAAAGUUGAUAGUCAAACUUCAAAGUAUACUAAUGAUGUUCAAAACUUUUUAAGUGCUGAAAAGGAUUUUAGAAAGCUUAUGGAAAUGGAAUUGGAUGAAAGUGGUUAA